AUCGGAAGAACUGACGGCAAAAGCAUGACCAGUUCCUCCUCCGUCGUUGCUCACAAGGUGCUGAGUAAGACUGCUUGCAAUCACCUUCAGAAAAAGCUGGUAAAGUGGCAAGUCAACCCUCCCACCGGUUUCAAACGCCAAGUCACCGACAAUCUUCAGAGUUGCCUCUUCGUCGGCGACAGAGGAGGGGCUAAUGCCGACAGCAAAAUGGAGCGGCAAAGAGGACACCAUGCGAGUCUGUGGCGACAACUCGGUGGCCGAGUUGAAGUGCAGAAUCUGCAAACUCACUAAUGUUUUGCCCAAGCGACAGAAGCUUCUCUACCCCAAAAUCAGAAACAAGCUCUCUAAUGACUCCAUCUUGCUCUCUUCUAUCCCUCUGAAGCCCUCUCUCAACAUGACCAUGAUUAGGUACUUCUCUUCCUCACCACUCCCUCUUGAUUUCAUAUGCUUGAUUUCUACCAGCUUCAGGUUGAUU